AGGGAGGUGGGGAAACCCUGGAAGGAAAAAACCUCGGCUGGUUUCCCUUGUGAUUUGUUAACCAACUCCCCCUAGGAGGCAGACCCUUGGCUUAGAGUGAAAGGCUGAGCUACCAAAACUAGACCCAAGGUGGGGAGGGCAACCGGAUGUGCCCUGUAAUAGCACUGGCCUCCAGUACAAAGGUUACGCAUUUGGAGCCGUGGUCAAAGUAUGAGCAUUAUUUUAACAAAGAAGAGAUUUCUGAAGCCAAAAGUAGACAAGAGUAUGACAAAACAGAUCCCCCCGACACACACACACCCCCGCCCUGGACCAAGCAUUAGAAACCCAGACGACAGCUCAGCAAAUGCGAGACCACCGGAAACAAAUCAGGCUGACAGGCUGUUUUCUUGCAGUUCACACCCAUUCCGCUCGCUUGACCUCACAAUUUCCUUUUGCUGUUUGCAGAAAUGGUCUUGGUUGCUCCACUCACCCAGAGGGUCCGGGAAUCCUACACCUGAAACCCGACCUCUGCCUCAGUCAGCUCCUCCCCUUUAGGCGAGCGCGCUGAGGCCCCGCCCACCUUAACCACGCCUCCCUGCGCGGCGAUCAAAAUGCCCGCCCCCGGCGGCCUGUCUCCUCCCACCGCUCGCAUUUCUUCUCGGGAGCUAAGUGGUAACGCGAGAUUUCAGCCCUACUAUUAGCUGGGUCGCGAGGUUGGCCCAUCCUUUUCCUCCACGCGGUUGGAGAAGAAAAGUGAUUAAAGGAAAGAGCAAGUAAUGGAGAAGUCAGGAAUGGAUUCUCUUGACUACAUGACAUUGGACUCAGCUGUGGAAACUGAAAAUCAAAGUGAUAACUCUUCUGGUAGCAGCUUAUUUAAAACGCAGUGUGUUCCUUACUCACCUAAACGGAGUCAAAGAAACCCCGUUAGAAAAUUCGUUCAUUUGCCUGAAAGUGUUCAAGCAAGAGAUUCAUCAAGUGAUUCAUCUAUAGAACCAGUGACUUUAAAAGCUAUUUUUGAUAGAUUCAAGAAUAGGAAACGUAAAUGCAGAAAGAGGAAACACAAACCAACAGGAAGACAAAGGGGAAGACCAAAAGGAAGUAAAAGCACUAGAUAUUCACAAAUAAGUAAGAAACUACUUGAAGACAAAGGACCUGGGUUCCCAUUUUUGGAAUCAGAGACUGACAGAAAACCAUUACCUUGGAGAAAAAUUUUAAAUUUUGAGCAAGCUGUUGCAAGAGGAUUUUUCAACUACAUUGAAAAACUGAAGUAUGAGCACCACCUUAAGGAAUCAUUGAAACAAAUGGAUGUUGGCGAAGAAUUAGAAAAUGAAGAUUUUGAUAGUCGUCGAUACAAAUAUUUGGAUGAUGAUGGAUCCAUUUCUCCUAUUGAAGAGUCAGUAGCAGAGGAUCAGGAUGCAGCACAUACUGAACAGGAUGAAUGUGAUAUCAAAUUGGGAGCAGAUAGUUGUUUCAUAAUAAGUUCUGAUUUCCCAAGGAAGAUCAGUGUACAUGUAGAACAAAAGAAUUGUACUAAAGAAGCUGCUGUGUCUAAAAAGAGAGCUACAAAGGCCAAAAACAUUGGACAGAGGACACCAAGGAGACAGGAACCUGAAUGUCAAAGAAGAUAUUGGCAUAUCCCACUGAUCUGUACUAUUCUUGAGUGUGAUGGCUUUAGUGUAACAACUGGAAAUACGGCAGCCUUUCUAAAUCUUGGUACUUUCUCUAUAGGAACUAAUGAUUUGAACUCAUUCAUUUUUCCAAGAGGGUGUCAAAUUGAGAACUAGGCAGAUCCAUCUACUCUAAAAAUGACCCUGAAGUAACUUGCUUGAAGAAAUUAGAUCCCAAAAAUUCUUGGUGGGGAGUUUUAAGUUUUCAUCAGUAUGUCCAUAUUCAAGUGGAGAUAAAAGAAGCCAAAAUAAAAAGAAAAGAAUUGUGGGAAGCAACUUCUGGGCCAUCUUGAAGGCUUCAAAGACCACCAGCCUUUGAGGAGGAACUAAGGCUACCUUGAUAGUGGAAGGAAUCACAUGUGAAAUUCCUUGAAUAAAAAUUUAUUGACUUUUUAAAAAAAUAAA